ACAACUAACUUCUGUUCGGUACGGUAUCUUGACAAUUGACGGUCAUUAAGCGGAGAAUAUAGAAUUUCAUAUAAAAGUGUAUCUCGUUGGGGGCGUUUGACGUGCAUAUAUGUUUCUUAUUUACGAAAUUACGUUCAGGAUUUGUUGCACGAACGUAUAUGCUCGCUCCGACGAUUACGCGUAGUUCAUUAAAGGCUCGGAUGUACCCAGUUGGCAUUGACAUUUGUGUUUAGGGUGUUAAUAUGCAUGCAUUCCCUGCCAGGAAAUACCGUGCCGAGGUAGAAAUUACGAAAAUGAGUAAGUUUUAAUAGUCAUUAUCGAAAUUUGCGACGACGAGGACGAGGAGGAUGGACAACGGUAUGGAGGGUGCCAAUGGGCAACUGCAAACGAAAUAUCAAAAGAUCGCUGCAGAAUAUUCGAAAAUCCGAGCACAGGCGAAUGUUUUAAAAAGAGCUGUGAUCGAUGAACAGGCUCGCAAUGCGGAUAUUCGAGAACAGUUGAAAGAGAAGGAAGUCGAACUUCGAAGAGCCGAACAAGAGCUGGACAGUUUGUCGUUCAGAAAUCAACAGCUGACCAAACGUAUCACUGUGUUACAAGAAGAACUGGACAAACCACAGAACAAAUCUAAGAAGGGGAAGAACAAAGUGUCAGAGAAUAAUAGCCAAGUAUUGGGAUCGCCUAAUCAUAUCUUAUUACUAGAUGAGGAAUUUCAAAAGAAGAUCGUCGAGAAUGCUCAGCUGCUGUCGCAGAUCAGCGACAAGGAUAGUGAGAUUGAAACUCUGAAUGAGAGGAUACAGCAGUUAGAAUGUAAAUUAGAUUAUUGUGAGAAGUCGAAAAUCGAAUUAGAAUGUCAGUAUCAGAACACUAUAGACAAAUUACAAAGAGAAGCAAAUGAUUUAUUAAAGAAGUUGAGUGACAGACAAAGGCAGGAGGAGACUGUCUCUUGGUCUAGUAACGAGGGUAAACGAGAUGGGUACGAGUCUGAUAGUAGGGUAGGACAAUCUAAUCAUCCACAAAUAGAACCAUCUCCAUUUUCAUCGCCAUCCGCAUCGCGCAGAUCAUCAAAAUCCUUUGGAGACGGUCGACCUCACAAAGCGCAGGAAGAGAGUAACGAUUUUGAUCUCUCGAAAUUAAGCAACUUAGAAAAAGAAAUGAAUCACUGGAAGGCUGAAUAUCAUAUACUUAAGAUAAAAUACGACGAGGUAGAACAAAGAGAACGUUUAAAUAAUAUGCAAAUCGAACAAGAACUUCUGCAACCUGCGGAAAUUCAUCAUAUGAUUGGGAAAUUAACGGUACCGUUUGCCAUACCGGAAGAAAUCGAAGCUAGAGAAGCAAAAAUUAGAGAUUUUUUUCUACAAGAGAUCGAUAAGUUAAUAACGGAGAAACAUGUUUGUCGUGUACAAAACUUAGCCCUUGCAGCUAAUAGCGAAUUUCUGCAAGUUCACUUGGACGCAAGUGAGGCGAAAAGAGAAAAAAGUGAUUCCGCUCUGUCGGAAGCGCUUUCAAAUUGCAACACUCUAUUGAAAGACAAAGAGAUACAAGAAGGAAAUUAUAAAGCACAACUUAGUACUAUGAGCGAGCAUCUUGCCAACAUGAACGAGAAGCUGAUUUCUCAAACGGAAGAGAUACAACAAUUGAAAUUUCAGCUCGCGAACAAGAACAGUAAAAAGGGAAAGCAGAAGUGAUGUGUAUGUCAGGUUGUAAAUUAUCAGGUAUUGACAUUCCAGCAACAUACGCUAUUCAGAAUUAUUAGCAUUUUAUGUACAUACGCAACUCAGACCUGAUGAGCAAAAGUUAUUUUUCAUCAUACUAAAAGUAAUAUACUAAGACAUUUUUUGAA